GGACCUGCUGGGCCAGCCCUUUCAGCUCCUGGUUGUCCCACCCAGGGUGUCACACCUGUUGACCUCACUGCCUGGACCCUAGAGGAAUAUGGCUCAACAGUGCUUCCAAAAUGAAUAUUUUGACAGAUUGCUGAAUGCUUGCAAACCGUGUCACCUUCGAUGCCCUAAUACCCCUCCUCUAAUAUGUCAGCGUUAUUGUAAUACAAUGAAAGGAACAAAUGCAAUUCUCUGGACCUGUUUGGGCCUCAGCUUGAUAGUUUCUUUGACAGUUUUCGUGUUGAUGUUCUUGCUCAGGAAGAUGAGCUCCGAGCCAUUAAAGGACGAAUUUAAAAACACAGGAUCGGCUCUCCAGAAGGAUGCUAAUGCAGACCUGUAUGAGAGCGAUGAUGGCGGGACUGGUGCGGAAACUCUUCUUUCAAGAGGCCUUGGGUACACAGUGGAAGAAUGUACGUGUGAAGACUGUGUCAGGAGCAAACCAAAGGUCGAUUCUGACCAUUUCUUUCCACUCCCAGCCAUGGAGGAAGGUGCAACCAUUCUUGUCACCACGAAAACAAACGACUACUGCAACAGCCUGCUAGCUGCCUCGAGUGUCACGGGGACGGAGAAAUCAAUUUUCCCAGCUAAUUAACCAUUUCGAUGGUAUAGAGCUACUUGGAAAAUCUUUUGUCAGAAGAAAAGGAUGAUGUAUCAGAUCUUUUUAGGAUGAUUGUACUUAUCAGUGGAUGAUAUGGCUUUUUGUUCUCUAAUUCUGGAAAAUCUUUGUUAGAUAUAUUUUUCUACCUUACUGUUGGGAG